UAGGCCUUGUAUAUUCAGUAGUCCGAGAAAUCAUUGGUUCCAAUUCAGUUUUGGUGAAAAGGUCUCCAGAAAAAGUUCUGAAAUUAAACUAAAACUUUAACUUGUUCAACAUGAGCGACGAUAACAGGAAGAUGAAGGAUCCCAACGAUGUUGAAGAGGAGAUGAACGAACUAAAUGAUGCUGCAGCUUCAGACGAAGGCAUGACAAAUCAAAUACCACGUUUCGCCGUUAAGAAGUGGGUUGUCCAUGGUCUGUGGUCAUGGGAUGUGGCUGUCGACAAUUGUGCCAUUUGCCGGAAUCAUAUUAUGGAUAUGUGCAUCGAAUGCCAGGCUAGUCCCGAUGACAAGAAGGAGGAUUGCACUCCGGCCUGUGGUCAGUGUAGUCACGCCUUUCACUACCAUUGCAUUGCCAGAUGGUUAAAGAGUCGCAAAGUCUGCCCAUUGGACAACAAGGAGUGGAUCUAUCAAAACACUGGACAUUAACAUGAGUGAGACGGAUAGAAGGAAGUUACGAAUUGUAUUGCCUGAAGAUAAAUUUACGCAUACAAAAAUUAA